AUGUCUUAUUCACAAAAAAACUUUCUAAAUUAGCCCUUCUAUUCUCCUGCAAAAUUUGAGAAUGAUUAAAAGGAUUUGAUGAUUUCACAGUUGAAGGCUGAGAACUUUGAACUGAAACAAAAUGAUAGAGAUUACUAAGAAUUGGCUACACAUUUGAAAUCAUUAGAGCAUAGGUAAAAUCAUACUUAAUAGCAGAUAUAAUAUGUUGCAUGAAGAGAAGAUGAGAAAUGAAGUGGAAUUUAGAAAUAGAAGUGAUUAGACAUUAAAGACAAUAGCUAAUUUGAGAAAUGAAAUUGAUAAUUUGAAAUCGUAGUUAACUGAUAAGCAUAUUGAAAAUUAGGAGAUGAAAGCAGAGAAUUUGGCAUUCAAGGAGAUUACAGAGCAUAGAUCUUAAGAAAACCAAAGGGUUAAAAGUGACAUAACAUUAUUGCAAGAAAACAAUAGGAAAUUGUAUGAGGAAAAGCUUAGAUUAGAAACAGAAUUGUAAGCAGCCAAAGAUGAAAGGAAAAGGUAAUUAAUAGGAAGUAUUAAAUGGUAGAUUAUUGCACGAUAGAGAAAUAUUGAAUAAUACUUAUGAAGAUGUAUUGGAUAAAUUAAAUGAGAAAGAAAAGCAGUGUUCUUAAUUGUAGACUGAAUUUGAUAAUCUCGAAAAGUAGGCUCUAAUUUAUAAGGCUGAUUAAGAAAAUGUAUUUAUUAUAUUGGAAUAUCAAGAUCAAUAAUGAAGUCAAAUCGAAGAAUGAAAAUCUCAAAUACACAAGAAUGCAAUAUCAAGAAGCUUAAAAUUAUAUUUCUUAAUUGUAGAAUGAUCUAGAGGAGUUGCAUAAGUAGAAGGAGAAAUUUAAGCAGGAGAGCUUGCUUUAUUAAAAAAACUAUUAGCAAGAGGCUGACACUUGCAUGGAAUUGAAUGCCCAGGUUAUUCAACUCGAUCAAACGGUUAAGCAUCAGGAGAAAACCAUUAUUGAUUAGAAGAAUGAGAUUGAGAGAUUGAAGUCGAUGCAUAUGGAAUGUUUGGAAACUACUGAGGAGUUGAAUCAUGAAUUGGAAUUGGCUAGGAGAAUCAAUGAUUAAUUGGAACAUCAACACAGAGAUGUAGUUCAGUAAUGUUAAUGAAUAGGUUAUGGAGGAGUUGGAUAAGUUGUCAUUGACAGAGGAGUAAGCAGCCAUGGCAAGGGCGAGUAAAUAUAAGGAAUUGAAGACUAAAUUGAUUAUGGGGACUAAGCUGUUAUAGUAGUUCUCAUCUCCUUUUAAGAGGUUUUCAACAAACAAAAAAUCUUAGCUGAAGUAAUAUGAAUUUUGA